ACGAGAUAAACAUGAAGCUUCCGCAGUAAACUUCAUGUUUGAAUCUCCGCUCGACGACCUACACUUUCAGCCAAAACCCUCCAAAAUGGGUCACUGUGCUUUCCUCAUUUUAGCGGCAUUAUUUUCUAUAGCGUCGACACAGUUUAUACCACCGGUAAGAAACAUUUUUGUGCUGUCUUAAUGCUGUAUUACACAUUGUUUGGGCUGUAUUUAUAUUUUGACUCUGAAGUCAAAGAAACCUUCGCCAUGACUUUAAUAUGUAUUUUUUUUUAUUGGCAGUACACUGAGGACUGUCGGACAGAAAUGUAUCCACCGAAGGGUCCCACGUAAGUAACGUUGGGCUGUAGGAGUUAUAUUUCUAUUGUUGGUUGAGUCGCUGUGUGUUGGAGUGAUUUGCUUGUUUUGUAAGCAUGGGGUUGUCUCACUGAAAUGUGUUGCCUUCACUUGCUCCUUGUAAACCUUCAUAUCAAAACUCACAACCCACAGUUAUCAUACUGUAUUUAAUUAUAUGCAAGCUCUUAAAUGAUAUGUAUUUCCAUUUUAAAAAGGUGUAUUAAGGCAUGGCUUCUGAAUUUAAUUUGACUUGAUAUUUGUGUCUAGGGUAUAUCAGACAUAAACGUAUAUAUUUAUCACUUUACACAACUAAAGGUGAUGGGACUCAGCCUCUGAAAAAGAUGUUCAGGUUAGGAACGUGACAUUCAGUCAAAGUUAACACGAUAUUGGUGCAAAGAAGAUACUUGUAUACCGCAGAUUGGAUCCAGCUUGUCAAACAUGAUUACAUAGCUACCACCAUUUGUCAGUUUUCCACCACUGUAGAACAAAUGUGUCUGAUUAUUUGGCUGCAAAUUGUACAGAAAUGCAAUUUGCCCCACAAGAAAAUUCAACAUUGCUUUUUUCCUCUUAAUUUGUUUUCUAUUAAGUAAUGACUCUAAAAAUGAAUUGACUGAUUCACAUAAGCCUUGUAAAGCAUUAAGACGACAAAUCUGUAACAUGAACCCUGAACUAGGCUCAAGGAAUUUGAAGGUGUGGGUGUUUACUAAGCUGUUUGAGCUUGACUUACACUAUUUAAUGAUUCUAGGUGUUUUGUCCGGCUGUCAAACAAUUGCUAGUGCACUUUUACAUAAAUCAUAUUCACCAAAUUUGCACUCUCCUAGGGGCUUGUGUUUGUAACCCAAUAAAAGAGGAAUCAACAAAAAUAUGAGACAGUUUUUUGGAAAAAAAUGUGUUUUCUUUGUUUUAAUUCAUAAAAGUAUCCAAUAGUUCAUCUGUUUUUUAUUUUCCGUUGCAUAACGUUCAACUUGACAUUUCCUAUAGCACAACUCAAUAUACACUGAAAUGAUAAAAAUAAAACAUGAGCUGCUUUUAUAGCUAACUACUUCUUUAUUAUUUUUAGUAUGGAAUUAUAAGUGAAAUGUUAGACAAUAAAUAGAGUAAGUUUCAAUGUAGAAAUGCAUUGAAAACACUUGUCUGUUUCACUGAUACACGUGCUCAAGAUUUUCUUUGAUGUCAAACAGAGUUGAAAAAUCUGCGUCUUAGAGGCUGAAGAUGGAAAAUAUGGAGAAUGUUUUAUUGAAGCAUAACUUGAAUUUGUGGGGAAAAUCAAAAUGACAAUAAUACAUAUAGGUUUAAAACUUCAUGUCUGGGGACUGUCAUGCUCUAAUUGUUGUGCGCUACAAGAAUUUAACAGCCUCACCUCUCUAAUCAGGUACAGAGGAGGGGUCAGUUGGUACACAGUGGACCUCGACCUGCCGCCGAGCAAGAGAUGGACAGCUUUGAUCUCUGACAAGAAAAUAGAAGUAAGAAUACUAUCAAGUACUUCAACAAGUUUCCCUCAAAGCAAACAUAUUUUAACAUGUGUUUCACUCUUUAAAGCUGGUGAGCAUGAUUCAGGCCAUCAAAGACUUGGCUAAUGCGUUUGUGCCCAGCGGCAGGCUGAUAGAGCUGGUUGACAUCACACUGGUGGGCAUCAUUUCUCUCUCUGCACCGUUUUUGAAUAUAGAAAAACUGUUUUUCUUCCUCACUUCCUCAAGCUUAACACCUGCAGUUUGUUUCGAUUUAAUCUACAGCCCUUUAUGGCGAGUACAUUACCAGAACCUUUUGGUGAAGAAAUCAAAGGCAUUGCAGAAGUUUCAGGGGUCCCUCUUGGUAAGAAAAAUCAACUUUAAAAAAAAAAAAACUGAUUUGAAGCUGUCCAGUUGAGCUCGACCCUUUUUUAAGCCUUUUUCCUCUCCUUAUGUCUAUCUAGGUGAAGUUGUGUUGUUCAACAUCUUCUAUGAGGUGUUCACAGUGUGCACAUCAAUUGUUGCAGAGGAUGAUAAAGGUGAGUUAUAGUCCAAAAUGUGAGUGAUUAAUCAACUUAAUAUGUUUUUGUACUGAAACGCUUUCCUCCCUUCUUUAAGGUAACCUGUUUCACGGCAGAAACCUGGACUUUGGAUUGUUUAUGGGGUAAAAAUCAUUGUGAAAGUCACACUCAUAAGCAUGCUGAUCAUGACUCAGGUCCUGUCAAAUGUAAUCAUGAGACGCACUUUCCCUCCUCACAGCUGGGAUGUAAAAAACAAGUCAUGGAUCAUUAGUGAGACGCUGAAGCCUCUGGUGGUCAACCUCGACUUCAAGAGAAACAACCAGACGGUCUUCAAGUCGACUAACUUUGCUGGAUAUGUCGGCAUGCUGACUGGCAUCAAGCCUGUGAGUCAUUCAGUCUUACGUAACUGAAGAGUCAGUCAGCAUGAAACACUUUUAAGCAUCAGAAAUAGCUGUUGAGUUGAGUGGACUUCUUUCACAAGUAUUUUGAUGAAAGGAAGAUUAAAAGGAGUUUUUUUGUUUUUGUCUCAGCACAUAUUCACUCUGACUAUGAAUGAACGCUUCAGCCUGGAUGGAGGAUACAUCGGUGGGUGAUAAAUUAUUUAAUUACUUAGCAAAGAAAUUCCCCUUUGGGACUACUUUUAGUCACUUUAAUCUGUUGACCUUUAUUUUAGGAAUCCUGGAGUGGAUAUUUGGAGACAGAGAUGGGAUGUGGAUGAGCUUCCUCACUCGCUCUGUCCUGGAAAAUGCAAACAGGUAUUCAAUGUGUGAACAGAGAUAGUCUCAAAGGGUUUUACCCACUCGUAUAGCCCUAGUUUCUGCAAGCAACCACUUCUUAUACUGUCUGCUUCAUGCACACAAAAGCUACACAAGUAUGAUGACAAUGUAUUGUGCAUUUUCCUCUAAGAUGAACGCCAUAAAAAAACAGUGAUAAGACAAUAAAAUAGAGAAAUAUGUGAAUGAAUUACAACCAGGGCUUAAAGCAAACUGUAGAAUGAAUUAGCUGAUGUUGAAUAAAUUACUUCUUUGAUGUAAUAUAAAGCAGUUUCAAAAUAGUGGAAUUCUAGCCAGGACUUUGAAAGCAGAAGUAGAGCAAACUUGCAUUUUCUGGGACUUUUGCCUCCCAACCUAGCGUGACCAUCUCUGUGAACAAAUGAUAAGUCUUGUCAUGCUGUCUGCAGCUAUGAGGAAGCCAAAACCCGGCUGGCUCAGACCAAGCUGCUGGCCCCAGCCUACUUCAUCCUGGGAGGAAACAGCACAGGCCAGGGCUGCAUCAUCACCCGGUCCAGAGUGCUCAGUCUGGAUGUCUUGGAGUAAGAAAUCACAUUUAUUCUUCAUUCAUCAGACAGUUUAAGGUCAACUUUCCUGUAAGUUGUCCCACCUGGAAACAAAGACUUUUGUGGUUUCAUUUUCAGAGCUAAACAACUCUGUACUAUCUGUCAUACUGAGGCAAAACUACAAUGAAAUAGCAGUGAUUUGUUUGUGACUGCUCUUUUCUAUCAUUGGACUAUCCAACAUAAGUCAUGUUAUUUGUAUUGUAACAAGGUUUUUUUAUGAAAGAUGUCAAAUCUGAUAUUUCUGGUGUUACUAUUAAGAAUAUUUAUGUAUGGUUUUGAUAAAGAAAUAGGUUGGGCAGACAUAAAAGUUGUCAUUUUUACCAAGAUAAGAAGGACAAAACAGGGUAUAGAGCACAGGAACAACAACGCCAACAGAGAGCGAGAUUUCUUUGUGUUCCCACAGACAUCGCAGCCAAUAGAAUUAAUCUUUCUAUCAAAAUAUCUUGAAGAAGAAACGGGACACAAAUACACAGAUAAGAAAAAAAUAGGUGGGAAAUUAAGUCAUAAAUAAAAAGCAGCAGGGUGCCGAUGGUGAUUAAGUAGAAAAAAAGGAUUGAUCCAAGCAGAAUCAAUAAAACCACUUAACAUGCUCUUUAAAGUCCAGUGUGUGAAAACAGUGCACAGCAGAGUGCCGCCGAACAAGUAAAAUUUCAAGGAAAGAAAAGGGAACACUGAAAAACAGGCUAAAGCUAAUGAGGAACUUGGAUCUGCUUCAACGGGUUCCAAGGGGAACGCAUUAUUAUUUGAGGUGAAUAAGUCGGGUAAACACCAAAGAAAGUCUGCUUUUGCCUGAAUAUGAACAUUUUUAAUCUUGGAUAUGAUCAACUCUUUGAAUGCUGGAGAGGCCAAAAUGGUUUUGAUGAGUUGACAAACCUAAUUCUCUUCUACGGGGCCCCUUCAGUAUGGAGAGCUUGUCAUGAAUCUGUUAUCAUCAUCAUGUCUGAGCUUUUGUCAGUGUUUUACACAAGAAAAACACCCUAAACCAGGAACUGGUCACAGCUUUGGUUUCAGAUCACCUGAUUCAAUAUUAUGACACAUAUCAGCUGCUCAACACAGCUGCAUGUCAUGUCUUCAUUUUUAUAUGUGUAUAUUUUUUGAAUACUUUAUUGCUGUAUCUCAGGAUUGACUUGAAGCUGGGCCGGUGGUACGUCCUAGAGACGAAUUACGAUCACUGGAAGGAGCCGUUGUUCCUGGAUGAUCGCAGAACUCCUGCCAUGAAGUGCAUGAACCAGACCACACAGACGGUGAGUACUGAUGACACACUUCUCUAUCUGAUAAGAGGAUGUGAGUGUUUUCAGAAAGUUCAAACCGGCUCAUGUCAGUCAUGUGGUUUAAGGUCCAAAGUUGAAGUCUGACAUUUUAUGUUCCUGUUUUAUCUUCGUCCUAAAACACUUUUGAUAACUUUCUUACUCUAGAACAUCACACUAAAGACCCUGUAUGACGUCCUUUCAACCAAACCUGUGCUGAAUAAGGUGGGUCUUUUAUUAGUAUUCAUGUGCAGUAUUCAGAAUUACAUGAGUUCUGUGUUGUAACUCUACUUCAUUGUGUUUUGCAGUUGACUACAUACACAACACUCAUGCAGGUGUCAGAUGGAACUCUAGAGUCAUACAUCCGGGACUGUCCAAACCCCUGCAUGCCCUGGUAACACAUCAACCCCUGAACCAGGAUCAGUUUGUAAAUGCUUAUCUGCACACACAGGCUGUGUUGAGAUGAGAUUGCAUUUUGUUAAUGUUUGCACUGCUGCUAAUCACCCGAACCAAAGUGCAUCUUCACAGCCAAAUUAAUGGAUUUAAAUCAAAUCAAAUCAGGUCUUCCUAAAGUUUUGAUAAAGUCUCAGAUUUGUGUUCGAAGGGAAAUUUGUAGAAAGAGAAAAUCAAAUUUGAGAAUUUUCCCCCUCUGUGACGUUUACUGAAAUCGUAAAUGCAUUAAUUGCAGGAUGACUCUCAGUGUGGGUCAGAUAACCAGAGGAUGCAUAUUAGAUAAUUUAUGUAAAUAUUUCUCCAUUUAUGUCAAACUCUGUGAAUCCACCCCACACUCACCAGUUUGUGCCUCCGAACUUUGACCCUGCUUUAGCGCAUUUCUUCAAAGCUGCUGUCAACAUUUAUAUGGAAAUAUUUCUGACAGAUACUGUGUCCUAACAUGGCUGACCACUCGCAAUCUAGAACUGACUAGCAGAACUCCUACCCCUUUUUUUAAUUUGUUAAUAAAUGUCUAAUAAAAGGAUUUCAAAACUUGAGGAUCUUUUUGUCUUUUUUUU